UGCGGCCGUCAGUGUCAAUCGUGCAUGUGGAGAGGAGGGCUCGUACUUGCGGCCGUGGUGUCGGCGCUGGCUGCGCCGCUCCCAGCAACUGUAUUGAACCUUACCCGCUGGGCGCUCGACCUUCCCGAGGCGACCCCGAACGCGACAGAGGCGCUGCGCCUGUACCAUCCUGCGCUCGACACGUACGUGUCUCCCGCGUUCACCGUCGAGGGCGACGGCGUUGCGCUCACGACGCCCGUCGACGGUGCCCACACAUACAACGCCAAGUACCCUCGCGUCGAGCUACGUGAAGUCAAGCCGAAUGCUCGGAAUGCUUCGUGGCUGCGCAACUGGGACCCGACGCAAGGCGCGUCGGUGCACGAGCUUGCGGUGACGCUGGACGUGGCCUCGCUGCCGCCGCAGCACGCACAAACCGUCGUUGCGCAGGUCAAGGGCGAGAAGGCGUGUCUCAUGAUCAAAGUGCAAGCAGCCUCGAACAGCGGGUUCGAGAUCGUGGUCGUCAACCAGUUUUACCCGCCGCCGCACCAGCUCCUCGGUGUCCUCGACGCAAACUACGCGCUCGGCCGUCGCUUCAGCUUGAAGCUCCAGCUGCACCAAGGCCGCGUCCUUAUUUACUACAAGGACAUGAUGACACCGGCGAUCGCGGCGCCUUUCCGAGACAAAGUCGAUUGCAACUGCCGGAACGAGACGUCGACGCACGCACUGUGCUACUUCAAGACGGGCAACUACCUGCAGUCCAACACAUCGUUCGACGCGCCGUCGUCGACAAGCGUCGUGCACCUCUACCACCUCCAGGCGUCGCAUGCGAACGCGACCGCCCAACUGCCGUCCAACGCUUCGACCAUUGUCAAGCCGGGUGCGACGACCAGCCACGCCGACGCGCCGGUCUCGCUACACGCCCUUACAUUUUUCAUGGCGUUCGUCUCUCAUGUCGUCUCGGUCUUGUAUUAACGCGCAUAUUGUCUGUG